AUGGCGGAAUCAAGCUCCCAAAAAACAAACCCUAUAGUGUUCUUCGAUAUAGCCCUGGGAGGAGAGCCACUGGGCCGUGUCAAAAUGGAGCUGUUCGCUGAUGUCACACCUCGAACGGCUGAGAACUUCCGUCAGUUUUGCACUGGCGAGACGAAAAACAAUCUAGGCCGGCCUCAGGGCUACAAAGGGUGCAAAUUCCACCGUGUGAUCAAAGAUUUUAUGAUCCAGGGAGGUGACUUUAUCAACGGUGAUGGAACAGGGAGUGCUUCUAUAUAUGGAGGCCAAAAGUUUGCAGAUGAGAAUUUCAAUCUCAAGCACAACAAAGAAGGGCUCUUGAGCAUGGCAAACUCCGGACCAAAUACAAAUGGCUGUCAAUUCUUCAUCACCACAGUGCCUACGCCUUUCUUGAACAACAAGCAUGUUGUGUUUGGCCAGGUUGUGGAGGGCAUGGAUAUUGUCCACAUGAUUGAAAAUACUCGGACUACGAGGGACAAACCGAAUCAAGACGUCACCAUAAUCCAGUGCGGGGAGAUGUGA